AUCUGGGUGACCACAUACUCAGGACUGCAGCUGGGGGUGCUCCCCUGCGAAGAGGAAAAAGGUGUGUCCACCGCCACUCACUGGGAGUGAGUGACACAGCCAGUCAGGAAAUCCUGCGCCAGGAGGUUAUAAAUCCCUGCCCAGGCAGCCGAGCUCCCACUGAAGGUGAAAGUCUGGCCUGGCAGCCUUCCCUGGACGAGAAGCAACAAGGUGAAAGAAUGCAGAGCUGCAGGCUACAUGGUGUUGGACCUCAGAUCUCCACUUCCUGUGUCCUCCGGAAGUUGUCGGGAAUGAUGUUCGGCUUGUACAUGUUGAUGGUGGGCACUUCCGCCUUCACCAUUCGGCCGGAGGUGCACACGGGUGAACCCGAUUUAACUUUCCCCACGAAAUCGGCUGCGGGAAACUGCCAAUAUCGUGGCAGGCAUUACAAACGGGAAUUAAGGCUGGAAGGGGAGCCUGUGGCCCUGAGGUGCCCGCAGAUGCUGUAUUGGUUGAGGCCCUCUGCCCGCCCCCACGUCAACCUGACGUGGCGUAAAAAUGACUCUGCUGGGACGAUACCAGGAGAAGAAGAGACUCGAAUGUGGGCCCAUGAUGAUGUCCUUUGGUUCCUGCCAGCCUCGCAGGCGGACUCUGGCACCUACAUCUGCACGACCAGAAAUGCCUCUCACUGUGACGAAAUGUCCAUUGAGCUCAGGGUUUUUGAGAAUGCAGAAGCUUCCAUGCCGUUGAUCUCAUACCCGCAAUAUCUAACCUUGUCAACCUCUGGGAUGUUAGUGUGCCCUGACCUGAGUGAAUUCACCCGUAACAAAACUGACCUGAAGAUUCAAUGGUACAAGGAUUCUGUCCUCUUGGAUCAAGACAAUGAGAAAUUUGCAAGAGUGAGGGGAACCACUCGCUUGGUCGUGCAUGAUGUGUCCACGGAGGAUGCGGGCUAUUACCGCUGCUCCAUGGCGUUUACGCAUGGAGGCCAGCAAUACGACAUCAGCAGGAGUGUCGAGCUAUGCGUCAGGGAAAGAAAAGAGGAGACCAUUCCUGUGAUCAUUUCUCCUCUCCAGACCAUCUCAGCUUCUCUGGGGUCCAGACUGGUGAUCCCGUGUAAGGUGUUUCUGGGGGCCAGCACGCCCUUAACCACCAUGCUGUGGUGGAGAGCCAACGACACCCUCAUAGACGGCGCCUACCAGGGAGGCCGCGUGACAGAGGGGCCGCGCCAGGAAUAUUCUGAAAACAAUGAGAACUAUGUUGAAGUGCCACUGAUUUUUGAUCCAGUCAUAAGAGAGGAUUUGAACACGGAUUUUAAAUGUGUUGUCCAUAAUAACUGGAGUUCUCAGACACUACGCACCACAGUCAAAGAAGGCAAAGCAGAGCAAAACAAAGCCUCCUGCAGAGAAACUCCCAGAACCUGCUGCCCACUGGCUCUUCAGAAACGGACCAGCCUGCAGUGACAAGCCCACUGGGGCCAGCAGCUAUUCAGCCACUGCCAGGACCAGGGUGGGGAGAAAGCUCGAGAUGAAGAAGAGUGGGAGAAAUAAAAGCAAGGACAAAGGAGGGGAAGCCAACAAUCUUAAGCGAGGUUUUACAUAUUUUGCUCGAGUGAAUCCUCAAAGAGCAUUUACCAGGCAAGUAUUGUAACUCACAUUCUAGAGUUAAGGAAACUGAGGCUUGCCUAGUUUAAAGAUUACACCCAAAGAGUGUGGCUUAGAUGUGCAGCAACACAUCCUAAUACCAAACCCCAGGAUGCGACACAGCUGGAGAACAGCUGGUGCCAAGUGGGGGCUGGUCUGUGUCAAGGCUAAAGCCAGGAACAAAGCAAAUAUUUGCUUUCCUAGUGGUAGCGUGGCUGCCACGAAGAAGGAAGAAGAGCUUCACCCAGUCCGCCCCGUUUCUCCCCCGAAUCCACCAGAAGACACACCUGGGACCGGUGGGGGACCAGAGCGAGUCUGACAAGGACCCCUCCAGAGGGAAGGAAGCUUCAGAAAUGGGACCCACGUGUCUCUGUCCUCUGCAGUAUUUUCCAGUUUUUAUUCUGCCAGCCGGUGGGACACCGCAGCCUGCCUGUGGCCUGUCCCGCACUGUUAUCUGCAGGGGUGACGGCGAGCAGCCGGGCAGAGUGUCCCACCGCCCUCUCUGAGGCUGCUGUCCCUGUAGGUGCGGCUGCGCUUUCCCGGGCCUUUCUGGGCCUUUUGGGGUUGGGUGGCCAUGUGGAUUUAGCUCUCAGAAAGCACAGAAAUGGUGAAGAACAGUCUGUGACUUAAAUUUGCUUCAAAACCAUGCUAUGUCCAAGGCUGACAACUCACUUGCUGUAUUUUAUUAUUUGCCAAUAAUAAAAGGUAGGCUUUAUCAUUCAGGUGUGGUGAGGCCAACAGGUGAGGAGACAACAGCCAUUGAAAAGAUGGAAUUAUACCCACAGAUCCCAAUGGGAGGGGCCACGCCACACCCCAGGGGCUGGGAGGGCACCCGGGUAGCAGCAGGGAAGCCAGAGGCAGAGGGGGUAAGGGCAAGAUGUGGGCAAGAGCCUUGGUGGUGGUUUCUGUGGGGAGGAAUGAACGAGGAAUGAAUAAUUUCCGUGGGCUCCGGGGUGUAGGGCAGGUGGCUGGUGACCUCAAGUGUGAGCCCUCCAUGAAGCAGGUGGCUCUGGAUUGGCUGGUUUGCAUUUGGAAAGUACGCUCAAGGGGCAGGUGAGUCCUUUCCUGUCUCUAGGAAUUGGCUACACCUGGGAGGGACAGUCCCUCCAAGGUCAGCAAGGCUUCAGGUGUGAGAGGGUCAGAAGCACACGGCUAAUACAAUUCCAUCCAGCUCUGUCUACCACAGCUCACCAGAAGUUCUGCAGACAAUUAAAUGACCAAAACUAAAGAGCCAACAAAAUAAAAUGCUCCCAGUUUUAUUUUAUUUUUCUGUUGCAAGAAUAUCAAAUGUCCUUUAUGAAGCACAGUAGAGCAACCACCAUAAAACCUUGCAACCAUUAGCAAAAGAAGUGAGCGUUGCAUGGAAAUAUAGCCGUGGGAAUCCCCAAAAAGGAAGUGUACCAAACCUCAACAAUUUUGAAAUUAGAGUCUGCUUUUAUCCGUCACAGUUCCUUCUUGCUCAGUCCCAGCAAGAAGGCUGCUCUGUCCAGACAGGUGACUGUCUUUUGCCUUAUGCAGAGAAGGGGGUGGCUCCCGAGGCUUUGGACAUCGACACGGCCUCUCGCACGUCCCUUUUAAAAGUGUCCUGCAUUAGCACAGCCCUGAUCGCCUGCACUGAGUUUUAAAAGAAGCCAUUCCCUGGCCCCUGGAACUGAUUUCCCAGGCAAAUGUGGCUUCCAGAACCUGUAUUGAGUGUUGACAGUGAGCACAACAGAGCCUGGGGGUAUCUGAAGAAGGGGGGAUGACGCCAGCGGAGCUGCUGGCGUUCUGCCUGUGGACGUCAGUCCAGCAGCACCAGGGUCCAUCUGCUGACUGGAGAUCAGGAUGGCCCAGUAUCCCACGGUCCCCAGCCCUCCACGUGACUCUCACCCACGCUUGAAGCCAGAGCACCGCUGCCUUCUGUGGUUAGUCGAGACUCCAUGACCUGGGAAUGUAGCUCUCUUUGGCCAGUUAUUCCAGCAGGAAUUUGAUAGCAUGACCUUUAUCACAUCUGGAGGAAAUUCCACCUGUGCAUCUUGUCACAGCAUUUGGGACCCUGGACUUCCUUGAAUAAUGUGUACAUCUUCAGGGGUAGCUGCCAAGUCUGCCAGGCUCCAGGCCUUUUGGGGAGCCUUUCUCCCCAUAUCCAGCAUACUCAGAACUUCUCACCAUGCUUCCUCCCUGCACCCAUCCCUUCCUUCCAGCUCACAACUUGGCCUCUGCCUGGUGACAGAGCUUCUCCACUUAGCUGUCAGCAGGCGGACAGGGACCACAGCCUCCUGCUAUUGAACUUUCUAGGCCUCUGCACCCUUUGCAAGGGAAAAGGCCCUUCGCUAGCCUCACUCCAGCUGCAAAACCACCCUCAGCAGAUCACCCACACUGCCUGUGCCUCUGGGUCCCGGUGGGGACAGCUGUCUCACCAUAUGCUCUUUAGUACACAUUUUUUCCCCUAGCUUUUGAAUGUUCAAGAUGCUGUGUAGUGUUUCUCCUGCAUAUGUAUUUUUUUAAAGUGGGGGGAUAUGCCUCGAGUGAAUGCGUGACAGCGAUCAGGAUGUUCUCAGCCUCGGCUGCAGACUGGGGCCUUCCAGGGAGGUGGCUCUCCGGACCCUGCCCCAGGGGUUCUGCUGUAUUUGUCUGGGCUCCGGAGUCUCCGCAGCUCUGCAGGGGAUUCCAAUGAGCUGCAUGGGCUGAACCGCUGGUCUAACUUCUAAUUUCUAGCGCCUAUGGGUUGGCAUUCAGGGCCCUUGGCUUUCUGUACCAGAAAUUCAUUCAUUCCUUCAUUCAUUGAUUGAUGUAUCCUAGCACACUGCUCUAGAUCUUGUCUCAUGUGGGUCUUCCAUGUGGGAGCUGUAAAAAUCAGUGGGCCUGCUGGAAGCACCCUGUCCACCUUCCCACUCCUUGGAAUUGGGUAAUCCCAUUAUACUGCUAUCAGUUCAACAGCUCCCCCAGGCUAGACGCUGUACCAUUGUCCUGGUAGUUCUCUUUUUCUGUGCUUCCUCUUUGCUGUACCUUCCUUCAUUAUUGUCCUACUUACAUACAGUUUUCAGCCAAGUUCCUUCAAUAAAUGACUCUUGCAACCCCAUCUAACAAAAACUGUGUCAAUCAAAACUCACCUAAUAACUCUCAGCAUUCUGAGCACAUGUUAAGUUUCCUAGUUUGUGGACAAGCCACAUAAAUUUAAGAUGCGUCCCUCUCUAAAUAUAGCUCUCCUUGGAGAGCUCUCUGAAAGGAGACAGAAUCUUGGGCAGGUGACCUGGCUUUGACAACUCAGGGCCAGGACUUAUAAUGCAGCACAGGAACUUGGUGACCUUAUAGUUUAAUUGCAGCAUUAUUGUGUUAAGAAGGUUUAAUCCUGUUUCAUCCAGCUUUGCCUGGAAUCACACCAUGCCCAUCUGUGGCUAAGGUAGUUCCAGGUCAGCUGCAGUAGUCUGAGUCCAAAAGCCCAUGUUUUGGCCUUCAUCACCCCAUGGCCUGGCUCCCUGCUUAAGCUCUAUCCUAUUUCAAACAGCCUUGAGAUAAAACCAUAUGCUUAUCCACAAACAACCAACCAUGAGCUGCAGUGGCUGCCAAGGGAAGGUUCCAGGGGGCAGAGCAUGACACAGACUGCAAACUGUCUGCCAUCCAGUGUGAAACAGCCCCACAGCCACAUGGUCCUGUGUAGACUGCCACAAGUCACCAAGGAAAAGGUCACUAGAGCCACCCUGGCUUGGAGCCACACCACAGGCCACAUCAGAUUUUUUCAUCACUCCAUGUGUAUUUCUCCCACAAAUUCCACUCCUUAUCAUUCCCAUUUUUCCCAGUCGAGUUCUGAACAAUUCAGAGAAAGGACAAAAGAGUAGGUAGAAGGGUUGCGGAGUGUUUCCUGUAUCACCGCAAGCUGACAUUGGAGGGUGUGCUGUAGGCGUGUGGCAAAGAGCUUCUUGACCAUGAACACCAGAGCUGGGCACACUCCCACACCCAGUUCCAGGACAUGUGGGGCCCUGCAGCCUCCCCACCUGGGCUCUGGCUCUGGAGACUUCAGGAAAUGGAGAAGCCCAGCAGCUGCUCAGUUCCUGCCCAUGGCUUGGUCCACAAGGAACAGAGCAGGAGCCUGGGACUGAGCCAUGCAUACUUGGCUCCUUUCUGAAAAUCACAGUGAGGUCCUGAAUGCCACCUCCCUCGAGGGUCCAGAGUGUCCACAUGGAAGGAAACAUCAGUAGCGGGAACUGGGUGUUACCACCUAAAAAACCAAAUAAUUCUUGGUUAUUUCUAGCAAAUGUACUGCAACUUUUAUUGUUGUUUCUGUUCAGUUCUUUAGACGGUAGUUGGACUGUGGUCACAGUUUGAGUACUCCUGGGUUAUCUCCUUGGAGGCCAGGCCCUAAAGGGGAGGACCAGAGUCUUAUGAAGGCUGCUGUCCAAGCCCUCAUUUUCUCAGUGAUGUGGCCCAACCUAUGGCUACUACAGGACAUUUUUCCUAGAAUACAAUAGUCCAGUAGUUGUUCAAAAAACAUUCCAAAAGUAGGAGGUCCUUCUAGCCUGGUGCACAGUAGGUGAUCAAAUAAUGCUUGUUGCAUGCAUGUGUGCAAGUGUGAAUGCACCAGAGGGAAAGGGUGAGGGGAGAGCUUGCCCAUGCACCACUGGCUUUCCUGCAACUGGCUUUUCCUGUGCUAUUUCCCCCUCUUCAAACACUAUUCCCACUUUAGGACUGUUCAAAUGCUUCCUCCACUAUAAAGUCUUUCCCAAAUCCUGGAAUAAUCUCUCCAAGUCCUGAAUUCUCCAAGUAGCUUAUCCGGACCUUUAGUAUAGCAUUUAGUGCUUUCCACUUUCUAUGAUGUUAAUCACAUUUUCCACUUUUCUUCCCUACCAUACUGUGAGAAACUUGAGGGCAGGUUCAAGGUUUGACUGGUCUUUCUCUCUCCAAAGCAUCCUGUAAGAUAUUGUAGGGCAAAAAACAAAGGCUCUGAGAUAGAAAACUCAUAACUCUGAAUGGGCCAUUAAAAGGUGAUAUGGCACAGGAGAAAGGUUGUGAAGAGAGAAUAAACCUCCUCUGCCACUCACCUUCCAUCAAAGGGAAGUUGCCAGGACCACAGCUCUACGGCGAUGCAAGGGACCAGCCGAACCAAUCAGAUUCUUGCCUGGGAGUCUGAACACUCUACAGGGAGCCAGUAGCUAGGGGGAGCCAGAGUGCAGAGCCUGAAACCAAGGAGUGUGGGUAAGAAGCAUUUCUCAGGGUUGCACACUAAUGCAGCUCUCACAUGUGCCAGUUUGACUGUUUUCUUAGGCUGCAGUUCCAGUUCAGGUUAUGGCUAGCCCAGAUUCACAGUUUCCUUGGCCUAGGAAAUGACGAUAUCCUCAUGGGUCCCCUGCCUCCAGCUUCCCACAACCAAACCAAGUGCUCUUUCUAAAGCCCAAACCUGACUGCAUCACUCCACUGCUUCUAAUUUUUUAAUGGCUGCCUACUGCUUGCAUGUCAGAGCACAAACUCCUUAUUUAAGACAUAGAGGCCUUUUCCAGUUUGCUUAUUUACCUCCUUCAAGCUGUCUACUCAAAGCUUUGUGAGGGCAGGGGUUUGUAUCUGUUAUGCUCACUGUGUAUUUGCACCUUUGAGAAGAGAGUGCUGGGCACAUGGUAGAUGCUCAGCAAGUAUUUAUUUAAGGAGUGGAUGAAUGCUUAGCUGUCUGGCUUUAUCUCCUACCAUCCCUCCAUCUCUGUCCCCACUCAGUGCUGGCCAUACAGAACCUCGUGCAUCUCCUCUCUAGUCUCCAUUCUCUCUUGUGUCAGGGCAUGUUCUGUUUCCUGUCUCUGGAAAACUCUUUCCCAUCCUGUCCAAUUGGCUGAGUCCUCCUUUCUGUUCAAGUCUUCCCUGGGAAGCAUUUCCCAAACCCCUAAACUGGCAGAGAGGCCCCUCUUACAGGAUCCCAGAGCACCAGAUGGUCACCACAGUUGGAACGGUUGUCAUUGAUUGAGUCAUUAGGCCAGGCUUUUUCUAAGUAGUUUUUCAGACAUUAUCUCAUUCCUUUACCCAAACCCGUGAAACAACCAAUAAUAAUACCUCUAGUUUACAUAUGGGGAAACUGAGGCUUGGAAGGCUUAAAUAACUUGCCCUAGUUACCAAGCUAGUAAGGGGUAGAAACAGGAUUUGAGACCUUAUACCCAGCUCCAGACGCCAUAUUCAUAACUCCUGCACUUGUUCUGCUGAGGGCUGAAACCACCAUGUCCUUGUCUGUCUUUACUAAUGGAAUGUGGGUUCCUUGAGGGUAGGGGCUUUCUCUUAUACACUUUGGUCUUUGUUCCUAAUGACUUAUGCCUAGCACAAGCACUCAGUGGAUUCUUGGUGAAUGGAGACAAGCAAGGCAGAGUCCCUGUCCCCUACCUCCAGGACCAUCCAGGAGGCUCACCACUGAUUCGUGGAGUGUCCGUAUCACUGUGGGGAAUGGAAAGUGGACCCUUGUCAAUGUUCUUUGGAAAGCAGAGGCCUACAGAUUUCCCAAUGUCAAAGACAUGUCACACGAAUGGAUGAAUGAAAUAUGGGGGUAGGUGAUAUCCAUGGUUGGGGGAUGCUCUGAGAGCUAACAGGGAGGUUUUUCCCAGUAAUCAAAAGACAAGAUUCGAGUCAUGUUCCAGAAAUCACUCCUCCCUGCUCAGAAAUCAGAGUCUUUUUUCUCUUUAAGAUUGAAUGCUGCUGCCAGCCUCUGUCGGCCGCACCUGCAGCUGUGAGGUCCUUUAUUUCACUGGAAAAGACCCCUCAAAACCUCCCCUUUUGUUUCAGAGGCAACAGAUUGCCAGUAAAGUAGGGACCCCCGGAGAGCCUGGUGUGGGCAAGGAGGAUUAACUUUUCCGAGUCACUGCUGGCUCGGUUCGAGGUGUUUUCUGCUCUCUGGAUUCAGGGCUUCCUGUUUAAACGUCUGGAAGAAGAUCACAGUUGGGCACAGAGUACUUGCUGAACUCUGAUGAAAGUCUAUGAUUAAAUUAUUUCAAACUUUAAUAAAAAUGUUUUUUAGAAUAAAAUCCUUUGGUGAUUAUGUCAAGUGCUGAGUGUACUUUUUUCGGUAAGCACUUGAACCUGCCGUGCCUGUCUGCGCCAGCUUUUCCUCGGCAGUGGCCGUCCUGGAGAAUUCUGGGGUCUUGUCCUCAAAGUCAAGAGGCUAUUGAUCUCAGACACCCCCUGGAGAUAAAGGAUCCUGAUAAGAUUUCUCGUGGGCUGGCCCACGCUUUUAGUUUUUCUGUAUAUAUAUUUAUAUUAUCCUCCCUUCUUCACGUAACUUUUAAAAUAAAAAUUUCCUUGUAACACGCUUGGAAUGACAAUCUUUCAAGAGAGAAAACUUAUGAAGGGGUUGCCCUCAGUUUCCCUUUCUCCGUCCCACCUCUCCCCCAAGUUCAGAGCACCUGGUGGCAGAGGGGGGCUGAACUGGGGGGAACGUGAGUUUCUUGACCUCCCCGUGCCAACUGGCAACGCUGACACUAAUAGUUCUGAAGUCACGAUUUUUUUCUAAUAGCCCAAAGUAGAUUCUCCAUCUCUUCCUGCUUAGAGGCAGAUUACUUAAAAAAAAAAAAAAUCUAUUACAAAUCCACCUAGCAUGAGUGAGAUGCUGUGCUUGGCGAGGGCUCGGGAGAAAUGCACUGAUGGGCUGUGUCACAUUUCCUUGCUUUCCAGGAGCUCGUGGAACAGAGCAGGUGUGACAGGUUCCUAGGUUGUAAUGCUUUCCACAGUCGCGCCAGCUUACUGACACGCUGACUCACGGGGCCACACAAUGGCAACUAAAUGACAUCUGGAUCGCUUAGGGAUGUGUUUGGCCGCAAGCAGCAGAAAAACCAAUGGAGAGUCAUUUAAACAAAAAUUGGUGCUGAUUUCUCUCACCUCACCAGAAAUCUUGAGCUUCAGCAGCUUGAUGAUGUCCUGGCCAGUGCAAUUUUAGCCUUUCAAUUUUGGCCUUUGCUUCAUGGUCACAAGGUGACUGUUGUAGUGCCAGACAUAGUAUCUACAUUCCAGGCAGGCAACAGGGGAAGGAAAACACCAGCUGUGUCUUUACCUGUGCCCAGAAGCCCUUCCCAGAGCUCCUGCAGGCUUCUGCUCACACCUCAUUGAUCAGAACUGCCAUGUGGGCUUCUGUAGCCCCAGGGGAGUCUAGGGAAGCCACGCCCCAGUCUUACGCCCCCUCAAUUUUCUACCUUACACAAGCACAGUCUUUUCAGAAGUCUUUCUCUUUUCAUCUGUCAAAGCCCCAGUUUCCCAGGGACCUAGCAAAAUGUUUCUGUGGGCUGGACUGGAAGACAGUGCCACGUGAGCCUUCAGAUGUGUCCCUCUGCUCUCACCCUAUGACAGGCGUCCUUGGCCUGGCUCCCAGGCCUGCCUUUCGCUUUCUUGGGGCAACUUCUUUCUUCAAUGGGAACAUUGUUGUGAAGGUUAAGGGACAGCCAGGGCUCCUUGAUUUGGGGAGAGGUGGAUCUGGGGUAAUGCCAGAUGUCAGCCCUACAUGUAGUGCAACAAGCCCAGGGAGCCCAGUUAGAGGAGACCCAGGCAGGGUCAGCACGGACACGCCUGAGUUCCUGUGAGCACAAAGCUUAUGCCUUUAUGCUGGGAAAAAAAAGAAAAAAAGAAAAAAAGAAAGAAAGAAAGAAAGAAA